AUGGCCAAUUCAGAUCAUAGCGAAAAAGAAGAUGAUGUCGAUGUCUUUGAGGUAGAAGAGAUUGUCCAAAAGGUCUUCCACAACGGUCAAACUUUGUAUGAAAUCAAAUGGAAAGGCUAUCCUUCAGAGUGUGAAAAUACAUUUGAGCCUGCAAGCAACCUGAACUGUGAGGACUUGUUGAAAGCAUUCGAGGAAAAAGAAAGAAAACGGCUAGCACAAUCCUCAUCUUCAACCUCAAUUCUAACGAGUCCAUCCUCUCCAUCAUCCAAAAAGAAAAAAAAUAACAAGCAGAAACGAAAAGUAACCUUUGAAGUGACGGAUGACACAGUUACAUCGAGUGCAAGUGGAAAAGUGUCAACGCCUGAAAUCUUUACGUCGGACGACGAUGAUGAGCCAAUUGCUCUUCUUCUCAAAAGAAGCAAAGGUAAAGAGAAAGUGGCCGAGAACAAACAAGCAAAAGACAAAGGCAAUCAUAAGGAAAACCCACAGCAGAGCAGUAGUAAUAGCAGCAGCAGCAGCAGCAGCAGCAGUAGCUAUACCAUUCCAAAGUAUUCCAAUUUACAACCCCAACAAAGCCCUCAAAACGAACAAGAACAUAGACAGCCGGCGAAACCACCCUAUCCCACAAUAAGCAAUAUACCACAAAAACCAUCGCUUUUUAUUCACAAGGAUCAUACACCAUCCAAUUUGGUCUCAUCUUCUUCUUCAUUCACCAAUUUGAAGCGAUCCUCGGCAUCAAAAUCAGCGCAACCUGUGGAAAUUGAUCGCAUCUUGAGCCAGUUUAACGGAACAUUUCGACAUAUUACUCCAGCAACGCCCAAAACACUGCGAACCAUACAACCUGCUCUUAUGCCAGUGCCAACAUAUCAUCCUCCUUCUAGUAAUACAACUCCACCUACCACACCAACAUCUCAAACCCUAAUAAAAACAAAUCCUAGAAUGCCUGAUUCGACUCCACAAAAGCAACAGCCACUUCAACCUCAACCGCAACCGCAACCGCAACCACAACCGCAGCAGCGCUCAGCACCUCCACUGCCGCCACACCAACCAUUUCAUCAGCAACUGGGUCCCUCCAUUCCCAUCAAACGACAGACCUCCAGACCUGAUCCCCGCCUCAUUGCCAACGAGAGGAAAAAGUUCAAGCUAAGCAAAAAUGAGCCAUGUAAAAUAGAAGCCUUGUUAAAGAAAGGCAAUGACCCAGUGUGUCGAGUGACAUUAAGCGGUGUUGCAGACAAAAUACCACAGUUGAGCCGUAUAAAAUAUCUUUUGCAAUUGCAACAUCCACAAGGCAACGAAAUCACCAUCAACUCAUUUCUACCUCUAAAGAGAUUCAGCGACUACAUAACAGCGGAAAGAACAUUGAGCUUCAUGUCUGUUGGACCCGCAGAUCAGUUUAUUCAAGCAGGAAAGUUACGAAAUUUCAUGUCCGUCAACGAGAUUACGGGUAUCGUGUGUCAUCCGGAUAUGCCAACAGAAGCACUGUUCAUCAUGGCAGCAAGGGAUGUGUCCAAAAUAUCGAAUUUGCCGACGGAUAAUGGAGUUGAGAAUACUCGAUUGGAUCAGCUGUUUGCCAUCUUCAUGGACAAUUUGCCUCCUCGCCCCCGAGUGAACUUUCAAGAUGUAGAUUAUGCAGAUGAAGCAGAUCAAUUGUUCUCAUGGCGUCAAAUGUGCCGAUAUCUCAAAUUUCCCGCACAGCUGCAACAUUUAUAUAAAACAACCAGCUUUCUAGUAUAUGGCCAUUCAGAAUCCAGCAUCAUGUUGAAUAAGGCAUGCUUGUCAUUACCUCCUGUCACCCGUAAACCCACAAAUCCUAUGAUUCCGCAUAAUAUCAUGAUGUUUGAUCGAUUCAACAAUGAACUUCAACACAAAAACUUGCUCAAACAUAAGCGAGAGCCAGUGACCCAAAUCUGGGAGUUUGGUGUACCCAACUUCUACUAUGGUGACAUUGAGCCAGCUUGCGAAGUGUUUCCUCAGCAUUCAGGCGGCUUUAUCACAACGGACGUUGCCAACAUUGUCAACAAUCCACACAUCAUUGAGGGUAUAUGCAGUCAGAUUAAAAGAUUUAACGAUGUGCCUGUGGCAUUUGGUGAAUGGAAGUUUGUGCUGCCUCACAACUUUUUGCACUCUUUCAAACAACUGCUUAAAGACGGACAUAGCUCGGUGGCGAUCCAGGAGGCGCUCAUCUAUUUGACCAUCGCGCUGAGUAAUGGGGAUAUAGAGAUCAUGCGUACAUGGCCCAAGGAAGAUGAAGAACCCAACUCCAUUGUUUUUAUGAAACAUGUCCUGCGCAAGUAUUACAAAACACACCAAUACUUUGUAUAUGUAGACGAUGUGGAUACAGUGGACACCAAAUCCAAGGAGACGCAUGUCAGCAUUGAUUUUGUCACUACUGACAUGAUUUUUAGGACAUUUGCCUAG